ACGAUAAGGUUCCAAGCUUUUGUUGUGCAAAACGAUAUAUUUGCAAAAACAUCUAUAUUAACGCUUCCUUACGCAUGGUCAUGCAUAUAGCUUAUAGCUACAUCCUGUUUUUCAUGCGCAUGACGCAACAUUUGCAAUAUUUCUGACUAUAUAUAAGAGCAAUUAAAGAACAUUUUCAUUCAAACGGAUUCAAAGCAGGAAAGAGUAUCUUUGAAAAAUCUUGACAUUGAAAGCGAAACCAUGAUGCUCAAAAUUAUUUUCUUCUUUUUGGCAAUUACAAUACCAUUGGCAUCUGCAGGCUGGUGCACAAUCGCGUCCAAUUUGUGUGUAAAACCCAAGAAUAGUCAGUUCAAAGAAUUUACAUUCUCGGGGUCAUCAACCUUCAUAAUUGCACUGAGAUUGACUCAUGUCAGCGGGAAAAUUGGUUGCUUUUAUAAGGCAAACACGAAUUGGGGUUGUUUUUUGCCAGGAAUUUUGGGCAAAACAACAAUCAACAUGAUCAUCACAGACACGAGAAACAAACGCAUUUUCCCUCACCAACUUUUGUCACGCCAGUUACUGGUAACUGGUAUGAAUUACAAGGAUACACAGAGAACUCGCCGUUUCUUACGUUUGCUGCGCCAGGCUGUCAAUGGCUGCAUCGAGGGCAAAAAUUCAGAAUUUGGUACGGAGAAGAUCUGGCAGGCUAUACAGAAGGCGACAAUCGUGGACAAACUUGUAUGGACGAGGAAAUUUACACUUGAUGAUAUUUAAGUUCUUUCUUUCGUGAACUUAUUUAGAAUAACUUACUGUACUUCAAGUUUCUAGUUAUUUAAACCUAGCAUUGCAUUGAAAAUCUAUAUUCUAUUGUAGUCUUCUAUGAUUUCGUUUAAUGUCUUAUUAAAGCAGUUUGUACUUUGUA